GCAGUCGGCUCACGUGGUCCCGAGCAGUUAAGCUGCCUCCUGGGGGCCGCACCCGCGAUCUGCCGGAGCUGCGGCCACACGGGGACUACCGGGAGACGGGUGUGAACUCUCGCAAACCGCGGAGUGCCGCCGCCCCUCUGCCUGAUGAGCUGCACCAGAAUGAUCCAGGUCUUAGAUCCACGGCCUCUGACAAGUUCGGUCAUGCCUGUGGAUGUCGCUGUGAGGCUCUGCUUGGCUCAUUCCCCACCUCUGAAGAGCUUCCUGAGCCCUUAUGAUGAUUUCCAACGAAGACAUUUUGUGAACAAAUUAAAGCCCCUGAAGUCGUGUCUCAACAUAAAACAGGAAGCCAGAGCACAGGACAACUGGAAGCCUUCACACAACCAAGCCAAGAAGCGGGUGGUGUUUGCGGACUCUAAGGGCCUCUCCCUCACUGCCAUCCACGUCUUCUCAGACCUUCCAGAGGAGCCCGUGUGGGAUCUCCAGUUUGACCUCUUGGACCUGAAUGAUAUCUCCUCAGGCUUAAAGCUCCAUGAGGAGAAGAACCUGAUUCUGGAUUUCCCUCAGCCUUCAGCUGACUACUUAAGUUUUCGGAACCACUUCCAGAAGAACUCUGUCUGCCUGGAGAACUGCUCUUUGCAGGAGCGAACAGUGACGGGGACUGUGAAGGUGAAGAACAUGAGCUUUGAGAAGAAGGUUCAGAUCCGGAUCACUUUUGACUCCUGGCAGAGCUACAACGAUGUGGACUGUGCCUACAUGAAAAAUGUGUACGGUGGCUCGGAGAGUGACACCUUCUCGUUUGCCAUUGACCUACCCUCCGUCAUCCCCACGAAGGAGAAAAUUGAGUUCUGUGUCGCCUACCAUGCUAAUGGGCAGGUCUUCUGGGACAACAACGAGGGUCAGAAUUACAGAAUCGUCCAUGCACAGUGGAAGCCUGACGGGGUGCAGACGCAGAUGGCAGCCCAGGACUGUGCCUUCCACCAGGCGCCACCCCCCAAGGCCGAGCUGGAGUCGACAGUCUUUGGCAGCCCAAGGCUGGCCAGUGGGCUCUUCCCAGAAUGGCAGAGCUGGGGGAGGAUGGAGAACUUGGCCUCUUACCGAUGAAUGAAGCAACCUGGUGACCAGUCUUGACCUUACUCCCCCAUGUAAUUCUAGGUCUGUGUUGCUCAAUCUUAGGAAGGCGUUGCUACUUUCCUUCAGUAGGUUUAGGUUGGAGCUUUUGAGACCUGGCUACAAAAAAAAGAUAGCCCCUUGAGAAUUUAGUGUGGGGGGAGGUUUGUAUGGACAACACUGCCCAGUGUUGCUGAGGAGGAUCAAGUUACAGCCUGGAACCCUAUUUUUAUAAAAGUAAUAUUCUGUCUAUACCCUUUUGUCCUUCCCUCUCAAUUCACUGGCUUUCAUCUUGGGCAAGGAAGGGUUGAGGAAGGACAGUGGAUGGUGAUGGAAAGCUGUGUUAAUGGUAUGAGGAAUGUCUGAAAAGUAUACACAAAGGGCUCUUCAGCUCAGGUCAGAGUAGGAGCAGGAGGUCUGAUACUUAACUGUUGGUGAGAAAAUGAAGGUUAUUUUGUUUUUUUAAGUUGGUUUUACAGGUUCCUCCUGGGGAAGUAAUUUGUUGGGGGGAGAAAAAGACCCAUUCUAGGUAUUCUGGGGAAGAAGAACCCAAACAAACUUUAGGGGUAUUGGGUGGUUAUUGGGGAAAGGUGAAUUAUAACUCUGGAGAAUCAGAUUUUACAUGAAGCCUUUCUGUUCAAAUGUGACUCAUCAAAAAACAUGAUUUAGGGAAAGCUUAAGCACAUCUGGCUUUGCAGUCCUAGUGGGAUAAGUGACCUUACCUGUGGCCCAGGUAUUAUGCUUGGGUUCUCAGUGUAGAUGCUGCCUAAUCCAAAAAAACCAUGCCAUCAUCAUUGGCCAGCAACUGGUAGGGACUCUAUGUCAUGUCAAGGAUCACUCUCUGCAAGUGCCUUGAUAAACCAGAAUGUUGUAGUUGCUUAACCCAAGUAUCUGAAGGGUCAUCUGAUAACUCAUGAGUGUCUGACCUCAUCAGAACGUCCCCUGUGUUUGCUGGCAUUCCUCCUGCGACACUGUUGUAUCUUCAAGAGUGUUGUCAGUGCACACAACUCGCAUCCUUCAUAUUGAAGGUGACUCGUUUUUCUGCCACACUUUAUUGAUGUGAUAUUGGAAGUGAAGACUGACACUGAUUCUCAAUUCAAGAAUCCAGUAUCUUGCACAUAAAAGUAGCCAUUUCUUGCCUAUAUUCUUCUUGUUAUUUUAAGUCUUCCUACCAAUUUCUUGAAAGUCAACAUUUUUUUUUUAAUGGCUGUGAAUUGUUUUGGGGGUGUUGUAAUAUACUUUGUUUUGGACUGUGCAUAAAUCCAUUCUGUAAGAUCUUCAGAACAGGAGCCUCUCAAUGUUCCCUUCUAUCAUCAUGUACAUCCGUUGAAAGGUGUUCUGAGAAUGCAGUUAAUUUUAACACGUGUGAUAUGCCAUGCUGGAAAAGUUAUUGGAAUAACUCUGCUCUGACAGUAUUUGAGGUUUGGCUAGCACCCACAAUUUUUCUACUCUAAAUAUUUCACUCUUCUGUAGCUAUCCUCUGUGAACUUCUCACUUCAAAAAUAAAAGUGUUUGAUAUAAGA